UUAUUUCUUGCUUUUAUUUUAAUUUAUCUGCCUCUCACUGUCUAGAAAGAAGUCAUGUGAGCUUCUGAGCUGCAGGGACAGAGACAGAGGAGAACGUGUGCAUCAGUGCAGAGUGCUACUGGAGCCCCGGCAGAGCGGGAGGGAGGCAGAGGGAGCGUGAGAGAGAAAAGGCGAAGUGGUAGGAGCUGGAACAGCAGCAAUUGCUGCUGCUACACGUUUCAGCUCAUGCCCGGCAACCAGCUCUGCUGCCAGCACGCCUCUCCGAGGGCACAGGUGCUUCAGGUUCAAAAGUCCUAGAAGGGCGGUGGUACUUUUAGGAGCCAAGCGCAGCUGCUUUAUUCUUUUCUUUUCCUGCAAAGAACAUCUGUUUGAGGACUCCGCUCCUUUUCCUGGACUGAAAGAGCUUAAUUGCCUCCUGCUGUCUGCACACUCCUCCUGGUCUCCCCCUAGCCUGUGGGGACUGUACCCCUAUGGAUGCCCCUGUACAGAUUUUCCGUGAAGAGCUGGACUCCACCUGCUCCCCGGGGCCCUGUCGACCCCCCAGCACCAGCAGCAGCUGGCUCCUCGGCUGGGCAGACUACGACAGCAAUGCCACUGGGGCCCUUGGGGAUGGCCAGCACAACCACACCAGCAUCUCCCCCGCCAUUCCCAUCAUCAUCACUGCUGUCUACUCGGUGGUGUUCGUUGUUGGAUUGGUGGGAAACUCCCUGGUCAUGUUUGUCAUCGUAAGGUACACAAAGAUGAAGACAGCAACCAACAUCUACAUUUUCAACCUGGCUAUGGCAGAUGCUCUAGUUACCACAACUAUGCCUUUCCAAAGCACCGAGUAUCUGAUGAACUCUUGGCCCUUUGGUGAUGUGCUGUGUAAAAUAGUAAUCUCCAUUGACUAUUAUAACAUGUUUACCAGCAUAUUCACGCUGACCAUGAUGAGUGUUGAUCGAUACAUUGCCGUGUGUCACCCCGUGAAGGCUCUGGACUUCCGUACACCUCUCAAAGCAAAGAUAAUCAACAUCUGUAUCUGGCUCUUGUCCUCAUCUGUUGGUAUAUCUGCAAUAGUUCUUGGAGGUACCAAAAUCAGAGAAGAUACUGCUAGCACAGAAUGCUCCUUGCAAUUUCCAGACAAAGAUUACGUGUGGUGGGACCUCUUCAUGAAAAUCUGUGUCUUUGUCUUUGCAUUUGUAAUUCCAGUUCUCAUUAUAAUUGUUUGCUAUACUCUGAUGAUUCUGCGUCUUAAAAGCGUACGACUCCUCUCGGGGUCUCGAGAAAAAGAUCGAAACCUGCGUCGCAUCACCAGGUUGGUUCUUGUGGUUGUGGCAGUUUUUAUUAUCUGUUGGACUCCUAUUCACAUUUUCGUACUGGUUGAAGCACUAGGGGAUGUGUCCCAUAGUACUGCUGCUAUAUCCAGCUAUUACUUCUGUAUUGCUUUGGGUUACACCAACAGCAGCCUCAAUCCAAUCCUUUACGCAUUUUUGGAUGAAAACUUCAAGAGAUGUUUCAAGGACUUCUGCUUCCCUCUUAAGAGGAAGAUGGACAGGCAGAGCACCAGCAGAGUUAGAAACACUGUGCAGGACCCAGCUUAUAUGAGGGAAGCAUGUGGGACAAACAAACCCGUAUGACUAGUCGUGGAAAUGUCAUCUUACUGUCCUCAAGAGAGAGAGGAGUCCAACGACCUAGGACUGACGCAGAUUACCACUGCAGUUUGAAUUCAACUCAUCCAGACAUACAUUUCUGGAAUAUUUCAGAAAUCCUGCUAGUUUGAACUAAAGAAAGUUUAUUAUUGACAAAUAAGAAACUCAAACACAACUUCUGUGGAGAGCAGAGAUAGUGUUGUACCAGCUGAUUCUGGAUGAGAAAAUUCUGGCUCUUCUCUUUACAAUGCGUAACUCUAUACUGAGCAACAUUUAGUCAUAAAACUGAGUUAUGCCAGAAACUUCUGCCCCAACAGUUAUUGAUUCUAAAGUAUGUAGUUUGACAACUUGAUUUUUCAUACUCUUUUACAGAGAAGAGUGUUUAGGUUUCUGCUGAACAAUACCAGAGCUUGUCAUGGUUUGAGAUAGCCCCAAAAUCCAAUCCCCUAGUCUAAGCCCCCCUCCCACAUCUCAACCUAA